AUGCGAUUGUGGAGUGCCUUCAUCUCAAUUACUCUACUUCCCGUUGUCAUGGCUGAUUUCUUUGUUGGUGAAAUGACUUGCAGCCAGAGACAACCGUUCGGGGCCAUCGUCCCUCCAUAUGAAGCAAGCAUCUGCGGUAUGGCAUUGGACUACUCCUACUACCAUGGCGAGAAUAGGAGCUAUGGGACAUUGAUGGAGGUCCAAGGGCUUUGCGGGGCUGAUGUUGGAGUAAAUACUGUCUCCAACUUCUGGAUCGCCUCCAAUGGCCUCAUUGGACAUUGUGACACGAUUGUUAAUUGGUCGAACCAGACAUCCAUUCUGAUGGAUGGCCAGAAAUGCACAUGGGGCAUUCUGAAGCAUUGCCAUAGUGCCAUCUGCCCUUAG